AUGAAUUCUAAUAGUUUUGUAAAUGAAGCUAAGCAAUGGAUAAUAGAUCCAAACGAAGUUCAAGUUUCAUUUGAUAUAGUCAAUUUAUAUCCGUGCAUACCCAUUGACGAAGCAAUUCCGGUUAUUAUUGAUAUGUUGAACGAUGACUUAAAAACUCGAACUAAACUUACUCUUGCAGACAUACAUCAAUUAAUUGAACUUUCAUUAAGUAUAUGCUAUUUUUUAUAUGAAAACAAUAUCCGAGUAAUACCUAGUUCAGGUCCUAUAGGUUUAUCUUUUAUGGUUGUUAUGGCGGAAGCGCUUUUACAAAAUAUAGAAAGAAAAGCCCUUAACAUAGCAAUUAUUCAUACAUCCGAACUAAAAACUUACAAGAGAUAUGUAGAUGAUUGUCAUGCUUGCUUUGCUUCAAUAAAACAACAACAAAUGUUCCUGAACAUCCUUAAUGAACAACAUCCUUCCAUAAAAUACACAGUGGAACUUGAAAACGACCUCAAACAACUCAAUUUCCUUGAUAUUAACAUUACAAACACAGGCUCUGGAACUUAUGAAUUUCAAAUACAUAGAAAAGAAGCUAUUACAAAUGUUCAACUUAAACCUAACUCGAACAGUAAUCCUAAAAUUAUUAUUGGCGUUUACAAAGGAUUUUUAUGUCGAUGCUCUGUCAAGAAUGGAGAAUGA